UGGAGACGGAGUGAAGUUUAUUGUACUCCGACAUCACCGGCCAAACAAUAAAGCUGCUUACAUGGGCUUCUACAUCAUGCAGGGAAAGGGUUUCUCAAAGUCCACACAUGGAGUGUUGGGUCAGCUGUAUCAUAGGUCGGUGAAAAUUGUUAAGAAAAAGCAGAGGAACGAGUCUAUACCUAAAUUAACUAGGGCAUGGCUAUAUACUGAAGGGCAUAAAGUCAGGGUGCGCAAAAGCAAGCGUAGAGAUGAGCAUCUUAAGAAGAAGGUGGAUUGCUGGGCAGUGAAGAACAAUGGGCGUGGCCUCCUGCACGGGAAGUGGCAGGACUAUCUGCAACCUUGCCUCACCUGCUUCAAGAAGAACAAGACAUGAUGUAUCACGCGCGAUGCCUUCACGGGCCUUCCUGUAGCUGACAUUAUGACAUGACGUAUCGCUGCCUGUAGCAGACAAGGCUCUCGUUCCUCGAGUGCCAACUAGCGUGUAGGCAGUGGCAAAGAAUCCAUAGUGCAGGAGGGCAGUCGACAACACGUGACGGCCAUGGCUGUGGCACAAUCGUGUGGCAAAAUGCGGAGUUGAGUGUUUAGUGGCAGGUAGAUUUGAGUUGUGACGACCAUGUUGUUCUGAAUAGUCUUCGACCAGGGAUCGUUGGGAAAUAACCAGUUUUCAUCUGCGUUCGCUAUACCUCGUCAGCUUGCGACUCAUUUCGGUGCUUAGCUGCAUCCGUGUCAUGUCGCCACUGUGCAACCUGUUAGUUUGCAAGCAUCUAUGUAGCGUAGAAUGGUCAGGGUUGAGAACCUUCCAAGGCAUCGAUUUAUACGUAAUGAUGUUUGAAUAAUGAAAGCGUGGCAAAGGCAGAGUAGUGAAAGUGCAGACGUUCAGCAACAGUCACAACUCAGUCAGGUUGAUAAAAGGUAUAUUAGUAUUUUGAAUAAAUGUUAAUCUUAUAAAUGUGUGAGGUCCAUGUGAAACUUCUGCACUGGGAAGAUGAUAGUAUUGCGCCUACUUCUAUAUGCACCCAUAUGAGACAUUAAACGUUUUCUCUGGUAUGCAGGGGACAUGGAGUUUUGUUCAACAGAAGGAAAUAACGUUACCUGAUGGUGAAGCUCGAAUGGGACAUGACUUCCCCAGGUUGAAUAAAUCACCCUGUAAUGCCCUCUAGGGUGUCGGAGACGAGUUAUAUUUCCCUGACUUGUGAUGUAUUUUAGUCAACCAGCAAUGCUGUCACAUCUAUGUAUGGUAAUGCCCCUUAUCAUACGCGAAAUAUGACAAGUGAGAAAAAUCGAAGUGUUUUUUGCCGAGACAAGUGAUAUAUUUAAAGAGAGCCAAUGAUACUGUCACAUUAUUAGGGUGUAUUAUUAAAAGGAGGUGUGUCCUCGAUAACAUUAACAAGCUGGUAUGUAGUGCUGCCUGGUCAGAUUGCUUCCCGGGUGUUCUUAUAUAAGGUAAAGAGCAGGUACAAGUCUAACGGUACUGUCAGUUCAGAGUGGGGGGGGCACUCUCCAAUUUGUGAUAAUUUGAUUACGAGCAAAGGAUAGUGGCCCAGCAGAUUUUUGAGUGGCGUGUUACAGGACUCUCCUUCUUUAAUGCUCUUUGCUGAGUCUAAUGCGAUUGAUUAACUCAUCUUUGAUGUACUUUGCGUUUGUGAGGCUAAUGUACUGCAGUCAGCCAAAGAACGUUAGCGCUAAUGUCAGCUUCUGUGCGUGUUGUGCACUCGUGGCAUUUUAAUAUUGUUCGUAUUUUUAUGGAUAUACGAUUUGUCACCCAUACUUUAUAUACAUACGUUCGUACGUUCAGUCAUAGUUAGUACACACGCGGACGCGCACACCCACGCAUACUCACCACACACACGCACACACACAUUCACCA